AAAGCCUCUCAUGUUCAGUUAGGGCUCAGACGAUCAGGCUGGCAGAGGUUUAGGUUUAUUCCAAGACAAAAGGAUGAAAGGCUACAUUUUCCUUGUUGUGACCGUGAUAUUUUAUUAUCGUGCUCACGAAAACGGUCGGAACAUUGAUAGUGGACAUUGGUGAUGACAAGAGCAUUGAAGAGGCAAACAAGGAUUUUUUACAGGAUGAUAUCCUGGAGACACCACCAACGCAGAGGAGUGCCAUUACGGAUGGGGACCAACUGUGGACAUCUCCAGUCCCAUACGUUUUGGACAAAGGCCUUGCGAUGAAUGCUAAAGGACUCAUCCUGAAAGCCUUUGACCAGUUCAGGUUGAAGUCAUGUAUUGACUUCAAACCAAGGGACUCUGAGGAGUAUUACAUCCACGUCCAGAAGUUAAAUGGAUGUUAUUCAUAUAUUGGGAAAGUAACAUCCAACGGACAGAACAUCUCCAUCGGGUCUCACUGUGAUUUCAUCUCAACGAUUGAACAUGAGUUCCUCCAUGCUUUGGGCUUCUACCAUGAACAGUCCAGAUCUGACAGAGAUGAUUAUGUGACCAUUGUUAACGAGAACAUCCAAGAAGGCAGAGAGAGUAAUUUUGACAAAAAAAGCAGUGAAAACACCACCACCCAGGGAGUCCCGUACGACUUCUGGUCAGUGAUGCACUACGGCAAAUAUGCUUUCACCAAUGGCAACGGGUCAACAAUUAUAACCAAGGACCCAAAGUUCCAGGAUGUGAUUGGUCAAAGAAUGGAAGUGAGUCCCAAAGACGUUCUGGAGCUGAACCUCCUCUACAAAUGCAAGUCAACCAUUGCAUUUCAGAUGCAAUGCAGCUUCCCAAAAGAGACAAUGUGUCAAAUGACUAGCUGUUCACAGAGUGGGCUUGGCUGGGAAAUGGUAACACAUGUUACAGGGGGUCCUAUGUCUGACCACACCAAUCUACCCAGUGGCAGUAGUGAACAAGGUGAAGAUGCGGGUUACUUCAUGCAUGUUAGCACGGCAUCAGGUGAGGAGGGAGACUCGGCCUGGCUGGAGACCCACAGGAUGAGUCUCAAUAGGGAGCAUCAUGAACAGUGUCUCCAGUUCUACUAUUACCACAGUGGGAACAUGUCAGACCACCUCAACAUCUGGAUCAGAGAGUUUCAGGAUGAAUUGGACCUAAAGGGAACCCUACACCUCAUGGGACAGAUUGAUGGUGAGCCAACAAACUACUGGAAGCUCCAUCAUGUGUCCCUGAAUGCCACCAAGCACUUCCAGGUGGAGUUUGAUGUUCGUAAAGGAGCAGGAAGCUCUACAGGCGGCUUCUCAAUCGAUGACAUCAAUCUGUCAGAGAUCGAAUGUCCACAUGUAACCAUGCAGCUUGAUGACUUUGAGCAGACUUUGAACUCUAGUAGUUAUGGCACCACUAUUUACAGCCCUCGGCAAUACUCCAGCGGGGGCUAUGCUUAUAGGGUUGUUUUUUUUUUGUAUAAUUCAUUUUUCGGAUUGUUUGUGCAAUUCGUGUCUGGUGAAAAUGAUGACCGGCUGGAGUGGCCUUGCACAGAAAGGCAGGUGACCUUCAAAAUGCUGGACCAGAACGCCAACAUCCAGCUGCAGAUGUCCAAGCAAUUUAGUAUCACCAGUGACCCAAGCAGAUCCUCUAAUGGCAGUUAUGUGUGGGGCAAUCCUCGUCUGGAUGGAUUGCCUUACGUAGAUGACAAUGGUGAAACCAUCUUUGCCGGAACUAUGAAAGGCAGAUCUACUUUUUCCGAUAAAGAUGAAUUAAAAACCAGGGAGUUCCUCAAGGGGGGAAGUGUCAUUUUCACCUUUAGCUUCCAAGAUAUCACUGCUCUCAUCAAUGGAAGUGCUCUGCCAAUUCCUCAAGUUGGACAAGUGAAUAUUAAAUAUCCUCCUAAAGAGCUGAAAGAAGACCCUUGUUCAUCACGCUUCAAAUCCUGUGAGCCUCCAAGAACCACCGAUGACAGCAUGUCUGGCUUCUCUCCUGGUUUGCUGUGUUCUCCUGUCCUCACCCUCGUGCUAGCGGCGAUACUUUUGAUACCUUGAAGCACAUCUCGCCUGUGAGCCUGUGACUUAAGAUUUUCAUCAUCAUAACUACACUGUAGCUAUGUACGUAUGACUAAUAAAAGCCUUGAACCUCAGCUCAUGACGGACCCGUAAUGCAAAGUUAUUCAGCUGUUGUACGCUUACGUUUUACGUUUCUUUUGUUGUUUUCUUUCUCUCGUUUUUUCUCUAGUUAUAUACACAGAUCAAAAAUGGGUAACUCAAAAGGGUAAAACAAAUAUUGGUUACAACUGUAUCACAUUGUACAACAGCUUAUGUGAAAGUCAAUGAAAUGCCUGCACAGAGUUGAUGAUGUUGUGACAAUAUAUUUGUUAUUGUGAUCAUGUCUGUCCGGGUCAAACUGAUGAUUGGGAGUUGAUUAUUAUACCCAUGUUUUCUUUUCUAGGUCCUCAUUCCUCAUGCAAAUGAACUCUUAAAUUGACAUUAUUUGCACAAACAAAUUAUAAUUUUGGCAUUAUUGAUUGUUUUGAAAUACAGUUAAAAAUGAUUUUCAAAUGUAUGUAAUAAUUGAAUUACUGAGCUCUGCUGCUAGUUUUAGUGCUUCACUCAUUUAACAGGCCUGAAAACAAACUGCAGGCUAUCAAUCCCUAAUAUAAAAAUACAAUUCAAAUAUAUCCUUUGUUCAUAUGUUAUAAUGUUCGAAAGACCUAGGACAUUAAUUAAACAGAAUUGUAUGGGAAUUAUUGUGUUCCCAUACAAGCUUUUUGAUCCAUGAAGUUGAUCAGUGUAACCACAGUUUUGUUAAUAUCUUUUCUACUUUGAAUUCUUAUGGAAGUGUAUUCAAAUAAAUUAGAAAUAUAAGAUUCACUGCUUGUAUAACUGAGGAAAGUUUAAGUGUGAGCCUUUAUUUGUGUGCCAAGUGGUUGUUGGUUCACAACAUUAGCAUUUCUGAGAAUAUAUAAAUGUGUGCAACGACACGGUUUGGGUCGUGUUAGACAAUGCUUGUUAGUAUUUUGGAUUGUAAAAACAUAUGUAGAAAAUAAAAACUCACGAGUGGAA